AUGAAUUGGACAGGCGGCCAGCUGCAGCGAGGUUCUUACCGCUCAGGCCUGCUGACAAAAGCCCAGAAGCAGAAUUUCGCCAGGUCUCGAUCAAAUGCGAAGGGCACGGCCAUUCACCCGCCUUCUCCAUUUCGCAACUUCCCUGGUUCUGGACCAUGGAAGGGCUUGAGCGCAAGUGAUAGAGGUGCUGAGACAAAUACAGGAGAUCAGCCCGCAGUGGAGCCAGCUUCACAUUCACAUGAAGAAUCUACAUCUAAUAUUGGAACUGGGUUGAGCAAUAGCAAACGCCAGCUCCUCAAAGAGCCUGACUGGGGUGCUGUGUCUGCGACUCGUCCCCUCGAGCUCGCCUUUACAAGUGUUGAGGAAGUUGAGCGGUUUGGAAAGCGGCGCAGGCUGAAUGACAACGACAGAAGGCGACUGGUGGCAGCUAAGGACAACAGAUCUACAUUUUUCGAGCUCCCCAAAUAUCCACGGAGAGAAAGACACACGUCCUCGAUUAUCGAUACGGGCGAAGACAUUCAGAUCCAAAUCAACGGACGACCGGUUGGUACGCAUGUCAACAACAGCUCAGGGGCGGGCAUGUGUAGUCUGUCAUCCCAGUCAAUGCUUCUCGAUCAUGAGGGUACUGCUGUCUCCGAACAGGAGGAGAAAGAAAAUUUGACGUCCACCUGGAUCACCAAUUUAUUUCCCCCAAUCCCAGUGAGAGCCUUCCGGGAUUAA